UAUGUGUGUGUAUAUAUAGAAUACAUAUAUUCAGCAUUUGCUAGAAACAACUUCUGCUUGAGAACUUUAAAUUCUUUUGAAUGAUCAGAAGAACUUCUUUGAAGUUUUAGACUUUUUUUUUUGGACUUUUCAGUAAGAUAAGUGGCUGCCCCUUUUUGUUUGAAUUAUAAGGUAUAUUAAGUUAGAUGAGUGGGCAUUUUUUUACUAAAAGGAUCCAAUAUGUAGCAUAUUUGGCUUCUCUCAUUGUACAGAGCCUCAUAAGUUUGAGUCUUUAAUGCAAAAGUUCAUCACAGGAAUUGACAUGAUAUAUUUUGUGCCUUCUAGGUUGAUUUCAUGUUCAAUUCUUCUAAGCAAGUCAGUUCGUUUCGAAAGCUUCUAAUAUCGUACUCAUUAAGAAAUAACCGUCAGACUAUUUUUGCCAGUGCAUCAAUUCCCCAGCACAGAAGAUUCUUAUCUGAUUGCAUUCAGCAAAAAUGGACCAAGGAUGAUAUUGUUCAUGUCCAUGUAAACGCAGUUGAGCCAAUGCCAUCACGCCUGCAUCACAGAUUUGUGUCUGAGAAGUCAAAGAAGGCUGGCCAUGCUCCACCAACAACUCUUCUAAUUGAGUUGUUGAAGACUUCUCUUCCAGGGUGUUUUGAUAUUAUUAUUCUGGAGGAAGACAUGAAUUUCAAUUUGCGAGCAGCUUUGUUAUUGCAGGUUUUCCUCCAGAAAUAGUGGUUGGCCGGCCAUUCUCUUGUACGGCCGACCAGUUCAUUAGGUCGGCCGACCACCUUGUUUGUACGGCAGUGGUGGUUUUUCAACAAAAUAGAGCAGAUCCUACGGUCCAAAGCAGAACUGUUUUUCUGCUUGUGAACAGGGCAGUUUCUAGCGGUAAGCAGAGGGUGUUUCUGGAGGAUGUUCUUACUUGCACAUGUGCGGUUUUAGAUUAGUCACAUUGAUAUUUAUAUUUGAAAUAAUUAGUUAAUUUAUUUGUGUUUGUAAAAAUUGGUUAAUUAGGACAUUCAGACCUUCUUGUAAGAGGGCAAAUUUGUAACACUUGAUGUAUGUCUUCCAACCUCCAUUUCUUUCUCCCUUUUAUUUACAUGCUUGGCGUGGUUGUAUAAAGCAUCAUGUUUCGUUUCA